AUGAGAUGCCCUCGGUGUCCCCAGCCCGUGACGGCAGGCCAGGCAGAGGACCAGGGCCCGCGCCCCUGCAUCCCACUGCACACCCGCUUCAACCUGGAUGGUGGCCGAUCCCAGGAGCUGAGCAGGUUUUAUCAGCUGAGCCAGCAGCACCGUGAGUUUUACCGGGACAAGAGCGGGAUGCUGUACAUCCAUCCCUACUUCGUGCUGCCCUCGAAGGAAAAGGAGCGAUAUCCUCAUCCGCUUGACCUCCCGCCGCUGAGCGCCAAGACCCGCUGGCAUUUGCUGCGAGUGUCACCGAUGAACCUGCGGAGCUACCAGACCUUCCCCUCGGGGAAGAGGGUCACCUCCCAGGAGAGAGGGAUCCGGGACAGCUUCUUCCCCUACAGAGCCUAA